AUGUCGAAAACAAAGGUUUUGCUUGUCGGAGCAGCGGGUGAAACUGGUGGUUCGAUUGCAAAUGGACUUCUGGAAAAUCCAAUCUUUGAACUCUACGCCCUCGUCCGCCCCCGGUCGGUACAGAAGCCCGCCAUCGUUUCCCUCCAAGAUCGCGGCAUGCAAAUCCGCAGAUGCGAUCUAAAAGGCCCUGAAGAAUCUCUUACAGAGGCACUCGAGGGAAUCGAUGUCGUCAUCAGCUGUGUUGGUCCUGCCGAGCAGCAGGAUCAAAUUCCUCUUGCCAAAGCUGCGAAGAGGGCCGGAGUUAAGCGAUUCGUUCCAUGUGGUUUCAUCACCGUGGCACCCCCUGGUGGUAUCAUGUGGCUGAGGGACGAAAAAGAAACAGUCUACAACCAUGUUAAACAACUGCGCCUUCCCUACACCAUCAUCGAUGUCGGCUGGUGGUACCAACUUUCGUAUCCCCGCCUGGAGUCCGGAAGAGCCGACUAUGCUAUGACUUCCGCCAAUAACGAAAUCGUCGGCGAUGGCAACACCCCUAUGGGUUUGACCGAUUUAAGAGACAUUGGACGCUAUGUUGCCAGAAUCAUCGAUGACGAGCGGACAUUGAACAAGAUGGUCUAUGCAUACAACACCGUUAAGACACAGAACGAGAUCUACGACUUAUUGGAGGAGAUCAGCGAAGAGAAAAUCCAAAGGAAUCACGUAAGUCGCUUGGACGCUGUCGCACAUCGCGACAUUUGCUGA